GAUUCUCGAUCACGCCCUAUAGACGCGUCCUCCUCCCGCUCGUCGUCCUCCUCUGGCUUGGAUACCUUUUCUUUAGUUGGCAAUGGAGAUGGACUGGGGAUAUGAAGGCGUAUGUAGCCAGGAUGAGGCCUCGGCUCCCACGUCUUCCCACCUCAGAACCAGAUGGGCCGGAACUGGGAGUGGGAGUGCAAAUGGACGUCCAAUUCCCAGCCCAACCGCAAGUACAAGCCAGACCUUUCACACUCCCCACAAGACUCUCCAGACCGGUAGACGUCCACGCCGCACUCACUUCCCCCGGGCGGUGGAUCGAAGGACUCCCAUUUACAGCUCCUGUAGAGGAAGUGUGGCGUACUUCAGGGCUGGCACUCAUGAGGCUAGGAUCGCAUUUGUCCCCAGUGGAGUUUGGUGCUGAUGCUGAUGCUGGUGCCGGUGCUGGUGUUGCUGCUGAGAUUGGGCUGCUAGGGCCUGCGGAUCAAGAGAACGGAAAUGGGAAUGGGACGAUCAGCUUGCAGGGCCAGGUAACGCAGCCCGCGGUUCUCAGGUUGCCCCAAGGGCUCGAAUGGGAGUUCGCAGUCAUUGCCCAGGGAAGAGAGAGAAAGCGAGGUGACAUGCAGCUCAUAGGUGGCAAAGUGCCCAUCGAGCAGGUGCUCAUCGCGUUCGGCGCCAACCUCACCCACUCGCGCUCCCUCGCCCGCGUUUCUGCAACUUCUGUUCUCUCUCUCCCUGGUGCCCCUUCCCCACAAUGUAAAGGCGGCUCUGCGCACAUGUUUGGACCUUCUGACCCCCAGGUCUUCUGGUCCGACAGUGGGCUGCCGCAGCUUGUCUACCUGGGCAUGUCCGCUGCUGAGGGGAGGUGUAGGGCUCCCCUGCUGGUGAGGGACUUGAGGGAUGUGUGGGCCGAGCUGGGGAGGGUAAUGAGAGGCGAGAGGAGGGGAGUGUUGAGCGCUGCUAAAGCGACAGCGAAAGGCAGGAGCAAGAGCAAGCCUGC